AUGAAAGACCAUUUUGACAAGGGAGGAUUACCCAGAGUGAUCAAAAGUUCAUUGGAGUAUAACGUUGAGCACGUUCAAUUGAAAUAUUCCAAAGAGUUUAAUGCGGUAAAUUGAAGGGAAAGAAGUUAAAGAUGUUUUUCAGACCGAGUGUCCGCAGAACCCUGACACCGAGAUCUUUCCAAAGUUUGUAAAGGUCUUGGAUCAAUUGGUAUCUGGUCUUCCGGAUGAAUCUGGGGCGGAAUGUUUGGUAAAAGAGCUUACAGAUCCAGCAAAUCAUGCUUGUAAUCAUGGAGAGCAAAGUUGUCUGAUAAUCCUUACCUCAAAAGACGCUUUUGUCUCUUGCAUUGAUACCAAGGUAAGUAUCAAAAAAGAAGCUUUGUGGCAAUAUUGUAGACGUUAAUUCUGCAUCCUCCAAAACUUCGGGCCGUUAAAAUCAGUAGUCCAGUUGCCAAACUGCAUCGUAAGUUUUACUGCAACGUGACUACUUUUUAGCUGGUUUUACAUAUCAUCACUCCAAAUGUGUAGACGAACCAGAUCAUAAAAGGAAAUGCAUAUUGUUGACGGUAAACUACAAAGGAGAGACUUUAACACAAGAUUUGGACUGUUGCUGUGAAGGAGAAGAUUGUGUGGAUGUCAUCAUAGAUCAGGGAAGUGUCUAUUUUACGAUUAUUGUUGUUUUAGGCCAAAUCUGGCUCCAUCAUCAGGAUGAGAUUAGGUUUAAAAGAUCUGGACCAUCCGAAACCCAGAUCCUUACCUCUGUUAUACAGACCAGACGAUGAAUAUGACUGGAGUUGGUUGUUAUGGCUGAUACCCGUCCCUGUGUUGAUGUUUAUGAUUGCCUUUGCCCUCUACCUUUUCUGGACUGAAAAGGUCGUGCAAUCGCAGAGAGAGAACCUGGCCAUCCAUCUUGCACACGAGGCUGAUUUAUCGCCCAACGAACACGUCUUACUUGAGAUUGCUGGAUGA